CUCUCUCUCUAGUUUGAGCUUCUUGUCCCGUCGCCCUUUGCUCCCCCGCCUCCUGUCUGUCGCGGUGUAUGCCGGGAUGUCCUGGCAGUCAGUAGGAGGCCGCACUCCGCUGUGAGGAGGUCUGCGGCUCGGAGCUCUUUGCGCUGUCCUGAGUCUACCUGUCCGGGGUGGGCACCUACAGUGAGCGGCGGGCAGGACUGGCCUCGGGAGCUUUGAGGUUCCUGCGUCUUACUGACAGGAUGGAGAAGCAGUGUCAGGCCAUGCAAGGACAACCUGUCACUACGUUCCAGCCACAGAAACCGUUGCGACCCGAAAUGGGCUAUAACACACUAGCCAAUUUUCAGAUCGAGAAGAAGAUUGGACGGGGCCAGUUUAGUGAAGUGUACAGAGCCACAUGUCUCCUAGAUAGAGUUCCUGUAGCUUUGAAGAAAGUACAGAUUUUUGAUUUGAUGGAUGCCAAGGCACGAGCAGACUGUAUCAAAGAAAUUGACCUCCUUAAGCAACUUAAUCACCCAAAUGUCAUAAAGUACUAUGCCUCCUUCAUUGAAGAUAAUGAGUUGAAUAUAGUCUUAGAGUUAGCAGAUGCUGGAGACCUUUCUAAUAUGAUAAAGCAUUUCAAGAAACAGAAGAGGUUGAUCCCAGAAAGGACUGUAUGGAAGUAUUUUGUGCAGCUCUGCAGUGCGCUGGAACAUAUGCAUUCCCGCCGGGUCAUGCAUAGAGAUAUUAAGCCAGCCAAUGUGUUUAUAACAGCCACAGGCGUGGUGAAGCUGGGGGAUUUAGGCUUGGGCCGCUUCUUCAGCUCCAAAACCACAGCUGCGCAUUCUUUAGUUGGCACCCCUUACUACAUGUCACCGGAGAGGAUACAUGAGAACGGAUAUAAUUUUAAAUCCGAUAUUUGGUCUUUGGGAUGCCUGCUGUAUGAGAUGGCUGCAUUGCAAAGCCCAUUUUAUGGUGACAAGAUGAACCUGUAUUCAUUGUGUAAGAAGAUAGAACAAUGCGACUACCCUCCUUUACCCUCUGACCACUAUUCCGAAGAGCUGCGGAUGGUGGUGAAUACUUGCAUCAAUCCAGACCCAGAGAAGAGACCAGAUGUAACGUAUGUUUACGAGGUGGCGAAGCGUAUGCAUGCCCGGACCGCCAGCAGCUAAAUGAUGCAUCAGGAGUCUUCCUGCUUCUGUCAAUCAUGAUCACGUGUUUUUUGUUUUUAUUUGUUUGUUUUCUUUCAAAAUAUUAAACCCAUUAUCAUUACUCUUAUGUUACUGGAGGGGUCUGUAACAUCCCAUACCAGCAAAGGGUAGAUAUGUCAAUGUCCUAAAAUGUACGAUUCCCUUGUUGGUGAAGAAGUUUAAUAAACAGAUGCUGUAGACCUUCUCUUCUGGACUUUGACGUCCACUCGCCUGUCUCAGUAAGUAUUACUUUGGCAGUGUGUGUAUGCAGAUAUGUCAUUAGUUGGUAUUGCUGCAGUUUGUUCACUUUACCUGGAAGAGCCACAAAUGUCUUUGUUCUUUGUAUGAAGGGUGAAUUCUAAUAAAGAAUAUUUCAAUAGGGAAAAGUCUCAAA